CCAAAAGCACUGGCGGUCAACUUCCCCAUGUGAGGUAUACGCUGUAUCGACUCUUGUCGCGAGGAGAGGUCAAAUGGAAAAGGGUAUAGUAGUCAGUAUGUUGGUUUUGCUGCUGUUUUAGUGGUUCUUUUAAUGAACAGUAAAGCAAAAGGCGAUAAUGGAAACAGACGAAGAACUCGUUAAGCGACAUCGCAGUGAGAAGAAAGAUCUUCAAGCUAAGAUCCAGGGUAUGAAAAAUGCGACUCCAAAGAAUGAUAAGAAGAGACGAAAACAGCUUGUUGAAAACAUUGCCAAGCUCGAGGCUGAGCUGGACCAAAAGCAGGAAGAAGAACUGAAACAGUGGAGGAAUAAUGUGGAAGGAGGGGGGAAGGUUGAAUCAGCCACAAAUGGAUUUGGAAAUCUUGUUCUGGAGAGUGAAGAACACGAUGAUGUCAAGGAUUCCCGAGUGUCCAAAGCACAAAAACGAAGGGAUAAGAAGGCUGCUUUGGAAAAGGAGAGGGAGAGCAGAAUAGCUGAAGCUGAAAUCGAGAACUUAUCAGGGUCACGACACCUUGAGAGCCUGAAGCUCUCCCAGAUGCUGGCUGAAAGACAGUUGCAGAUCAAGCAGAUCCCUUCAGAUGGCCAUUGCAUGUACAGAGCCAUUGAGGACCAGCUGACUGACAGAGAUGGCUCCCUCAGUCUAUCAGAGCUAAGAGCCCAGGCAGCUGAAUACAUGAGGAGCCAUGCUGAUGAUUUCCUGCCAUUCUUAACAAAUCCCAGCACUGGGGAUAUGUACACACCAGAUGAAUUUGAGAAAUACUGCUCUGACGUAGCCGAAACAGCAGCAUGGGGAGGACAGCUUGAGUUGCGGGCUCUGUCACACAUUCUUAAGAUGCCAAUAGAAGUCAUCCAGGCCAAGUCCCCUACCAUAGUUAUAGGCGAAGAGUAUGAGAACACACCAGUUAGGCUAAUAUACAUGCGCUAUGCAUAUGGACUGGGAGAGCACUAUAACUCUGUGGAGCCACUAAGUGAAGCGGCUGCUGAAGAGGAGAGCUAGAACAACUGUGCAAAUCCACCUCAUUUAAACGACAUAUUAAACAUGCUCACAGUA